AGAUCACAAGUACUUAAAACUGAGAGGUUGGUGUCGACUACUGUCGACCGCUUUUUUUUAUUAAAAUAUGUGCUUGUGGACUUGGGGGCUUAUUAAUUAGACCUCCCUUUGUUUUCAUAGUAUGUUUUACUGUGAUUAAUAUAAUAUCAAAUUCAUCAAAUAGAGGUAAAACAGGACUUGAAUUGAAAUAUUAAUAUGGGUGAAAUACAUCAAUCAAUGGCAGAAGUAAGUGAAUGAUGCUCUUUUAAUACUAAAAUCAAGUUUGAUCAAAUGGAACUAAAUCAAGAGGUUAGUGAGGACUCCUGUAAAUCAGAAAUACAAGCUAAUGAGGUGAAUGAUGCUCUCUUUGAUACUAAAAUCAAGUUUUGUCAAAUGGAAGUAAAACAGGAGGUUAGUGAGGACACCUGUAAAACAGAAAUACAAGAUGAGGUGAAUGGCGCUGUUUUUGAUUACCUUAAAAUUGAGCUUAAUGAAGAGCUGGAGAAAGAAAGUACACAUAAUGCAUCUGAUUAUUUAGAAUCAAAUGAAGACUCUAUAAAAACUGAAAUAGAAGGAGUUGAAGAAAAACUAACAAAUAAAAAAAGUUUUCCCCUUGAAGAUAUACAAACUGAUGCAAGCAAAGUAUUCAAAGACCCUGUUAGAACUAAUGGUACUUUGAACCAAUAUCUAUCUGCUGUUACAUGUGAAGUUUGCACCAAACAAUUUUUCACAAAAAAUCUUUUAACCAUAGAUAUAAGUGAGAACAUCAAAAAAGGAAUUUACACAUGUAAAACAUGCACCAAAGACUUCUUAAAAAGUUUUGAUUCAAAGUCACAAGUGGAAACCCACAAUACUGGAGAAAAACCGUUUGAAUGUGAAAUUUGCUCCAAAUUGUUUUCACAAACAUGCCAUUUGAAUGAGCAUAUGAAACUACACACGGGAGAUAAACCUUUUAAAUGUGAAAUAUGCUCCAAAGUGUUUUCACUAAAAUCCAAUUUAAAUAAGCAUGCGAAAGUCCACAAGGGAGAUAAACCUUUUGCGUGUGAAGUAUGCUCCAAAACGUUUUCACUGAAAUGCAAUUUAAAUAAGCAUAUGAAAAUCCACACGGGAGAUAAACCUUUCACUUGUAAAAUUUGUUCCAAAGUGUUUUCACGUAAAUGCAAUGUAGAAAGACAUGAGGAAAUGCACUGGAGAAACACCUUUUACAUGUGAAAUUGGCUCCAAAAUCAAAAGGAUCAGCAAGCUGACCCUUGGAAGGGUGGACUUCUAUGUGUAAGUGAAACAUCAAUCCCCAAAUAUACAGCUUUAUUUAACACUAGGCUCGGGAGUGUUGUUACAAUUUAACUUAUUUAUAAGAGUAUUUACUGUUGAUCUUAAUGUUCUAGCGAAAACAAGAAAAGAGUUAAAAAACGUUAUAAACAGAUUAGAAAAGGAGGCAAGAUAUUUUGAUUUAGAAAUAAACCAGGAACAGUCAAAAUACGUGAUACUCGGAAAUACAGACCAAAACGAAGAGGGACAGUUUACUUUCUAUCUAAUGAAGCAAAGGAAUACAAUUUUUCAACGAAAACUUUUCGUUUAUAAAUUCGCAAAAGUGUGUGUGUUAUUGCGUUGCCGCUCCUGAAAUAUCUACAGGCCACCUAGCGAUGGAUUCCUAUGUAGUUUUGUCUUCUGAAUCCAAAUCUGAAAACGGCAUUUCGCUAUCUCUAACCAUCUUCGAGAUAUCCGACCUCAAAGUCGUCAUUGUGACGUCACAAGCCUCCUUUAAAUUGUCAUUUUCUUCCGACAUAGAAACGUCAACUUUACUUUGUUUUCGUUUGACGCAACUAAACGUCAACAUAAAAUUGAAAUGUCAGAUAAACAAAUUUUAUUUAUGUUAAUGUAAUGUUAAAUUACAGUUCACUAUUUUCAAGGAAAACUGUUUAUUUUGUAUUUAUUUAUUUUUAUUAGAUAUAAAGUUAGAUCUUUUAUAAUAUAAAGUUAGAUCAAGAUUAAAGUAUCUUUAUUUUUCACAAUAUUGAAAAGUGUUAUAAAAAGUUGUUUGGAGUUAAAAACUAUGUUCUAAUAUGCAAUUAUAGGGCUUUUCAUUCACAGUCAUUUGUUUCGAGCUUCUGUCAUGUGUCACAUAAUAUUAAUGUAUCUACGUCAUACGUUAUUGGUAUAUAACAAUGAUACAAACCAAAGACGUAUGGCGUAGAUAUAUUAAAUUAUGUGACACAUGACAGAAGCUCGAAAUAAAUGACAAUCGAUGAAAAGCCCUAUUACUUGUAUGUACAUCCUUCUAGAGAUAAAAAAAAUAUUUGAAAUUUUUUCUCAAAUUACGGAUACCAAUAUCAUUUUCAUUCAUAACUCUUUUAUUAUUAAUUUUACGAAGAAAAGUUAUUCUUCAUAAAAAGAUCUGCAUGGUCUAAAAUCUAACAUGCAAUCAUCAUAUAUCAAAUUUUAUCAAUUUUAUUCGAGGUAUGUCAAAAAAUAUGAAUUUCGUUCGAGAGUAGAGUACCUUUAUAGUUCACAAUAUUUAAAUUAGGAUAUAAUUGCAUAUUAAAACAUAAAAUUUAAUACUAAACAACUUUUCGUUAUGAUAAUGCUCGCAUUUUCAGCUUUUUAUUUAUUUAUUUAUUUAUUUUCAACGGGCUGCUGCCCAAUAUGAUUACAAGUUUAUAAUAUAAUAUUUCAGUAUACUUAUGUGUGUCAAUAAUUAAAAUAUAAAAGAAUAGUUAUAAUAAUACAAUAAAAUAUAAAUAUCACAAACAGAUUUACAUAUCACAACAAUGAUUAUCUAUUCCACAACUACUCAAAUAAACAUACGCCUGAGGCCCGAAAUGAAUUCAGCUUUCGGUGCAAAAAAAUCUAGAUCAGGGUGAAUAUUUGCCCAUCUUAGUGCUCGAGAUGAAAAGUUGUUAUAAGCAUAGUUGGUUCUGUGAAUAGGAACAUAGAAAGUUUGGUUUAAUCGUGUUCUGUGGGGAGGUACAUGGAGACCAACCUGCUCAAGUAGCUGAGGACACAAAACUGUUGAAUUAACUAUGCCAUAAAGCAUCUUUAAUUAUUCGUCGGUUUCGCAAUGAGAAAAUGCCAAGUUGGGUUUCAAUUUGAUGAUAAUUUACUUGAUUUAACUCGAAAGGUAUACCCAGUUUAUAUGCUACAUAUUUCAAGAACUUGUGUUGGACUGUCUCGAUUUUUGAUAUGUAAAUAUCAGUGGCGACGCGUGACUUUUUCUGAAGUGUUACCAAAACCAGAUGCAAAAAAUCUUAUUUAAAAAAAUGAUGAUAUGGCUAAAUGUAUAUAUACACUCACCGGCACCAAAUUCCGCCACCCAAAAUUUUUGAUUAAGUUUGACAAUCUAUAACUUUAUUAUUUGUACUUCGAUUUUCAAGAUUCUUGCACGAGUUUGUAGGUACAUGUAUUGAUCCUCCUAACUUUAAAAAAUUCUGUGGAAAAAUUGGAGGGCUGAUUUUGCUUCAUACUCCUUUUGUAUUAUCCUGGAGGUAUCACUAAGGUCUUGUUUUUUGAAUUAUCUGAAUAUCUCUUUUCUUGUAAGAGUUGUAAUUAAAAAAACUGCUUUGAAGGUUUAUUUAAUUAAAAAUAUCAAACGCACUAAAAUUAACAAAACAAAACAAAUUUAACAACAAAACAAUUCAAUAGCGGUUAUGUCCACCUCUUGCACUGACAACUGCUCGCAAUCUGUUUAGCAUCUAAUAAAGAUGUGUUUUCCUUGCCUGGGGAAUAGCCCGAUAUUCCUCUACCAGGGCCAUAACUGUACCAAAUUUUCUGGAGGCCUAGGAUGACGGCAAAUAGCUUUUUUUAUCCGUCCCAUAAAUGCUCAAUAUGAUUGAGAUCUGGGCUGCAUGCGGGCCAUUCUAAUCUUAUCAAUCCAACCUCAAUUGUAUGAGUCAAUCAGUGUUUUUCCAUUUUUCCACAGAAUUUUUUAAAAUCAGGAGAAAAUACAACGCUUCCUUUCACCCCUGUACAAUGACAUGCAAGCAAAAUUUUUUGUUACCGGAAUAAUACCAAACAAUAUGAAUACAUGUACCUACAAACUGGUGUAAGAAUCUUGAAAAUCGGAGCACAAAUAAUAAAGUUAUAAAUUGUCAAACUUAAUCAAAAAUUUUGGGUGGCGGAAUUUUGUGCCGGUGAGUGUAGCUUCAAUAAUAUAAUUUUGUAUAUCACUUGAAACUCUCGAAAAAACAGAUGUUUCUAGAUGUUGACAACAUUUUUGAUGUUUUUUGGCAAUUAAUGUUAACAAUUCCCUGUAAUUGCCUGGAUUAUCAGAGUCGUCGCACUCAAAAUGACCACGAAACGCUAGUUCUUGUUUGGCCCAAAAACAUACAGUAUCUAUUAUAAGUGUGCUAAGGAUAUACCUAUCUAUUUUUUUAACAAACUCAUUAUGUUUAGCAAUAUUUGCUUUAAAAGCUUGGUUAAGAGAACUUUUGAUUUUUGUUUUGCCAAACUGAAUCAAAUUGGGUAUACAUCUUACAUGUAGGUAACGGAGAAAUUUCAUGUCUCCUUUUUAAAAAUCUAACACUAUUUAAAUCGUGAACCUGGUCCACCCAUUUUUCUGUAGAAACGCGAAGACAUGGCCAACAAUACAGUAUAAUUGUUUAAAAUCGGUCUUUCAUUUUUAAUCUCAUUUUUUUCUUCAAAAUUAUACAAGGAUAAUUACUUUUCAAGUAGUUGAUCGAUUAAGAAGCGACACUCAUCCAUUAGGUCUGGAUCCCGCGUAUGAAAAAAAAGUUGAUUAAUAGCAAGCUGAUAAUUUGUUAAUAGCUUAAGGGUGUCUAAUCGGAUAAACUUUGAUAUAUGGGAACACUGGAACAGGGGCAGUUUUAAUUGUGGAACAGGUUAAAAAUUUGGAACGGUCAGACCACGAAAACGGCUCAUUUAUUUUGUCCGACAGAACAGACUUAAACUCUCCGAACAGAGAUUAAACUCUCAUGCAAAAAUCAGACUGCUAUUUAUCACCUGUCAAAAUUCCUGUCAUUUGACAUAUUCUACAUGUUCCACUCAUUAAAACUCCCAUUUGGUGAUUAAUAGCAGUCUGAUUUUUGCAUGAGAGUUUAAUCUCUGUUCGGAGAGUUUAAGUUUGUUCUGUCGGACAAAAUAAAUGAGCCGUUUUCGUGGUCUGACCGUUCCAAAUUUUUAACCUGUUCCACAAUUAAAACUGCCCGUGUUCCAGUGUUCCCAUUUAUCAAAGUUUAUCCGACUAGACACCCUUAAGCUAUUAACAAAUUUUCAGCUUGCUAUUAAUCAACUUUUUUUUCAUACGCGGGAUCCAGACCUACAUGGUUAACUGCACGCACACUUUUUAUAGGUACUGUCACCAAUUUUAAAUCUUGUAACAGCGCUACUGAUACACAGCGCGCUUAUGCCGUCGCUUCUUCAAAAUUAUCAGUCACUAGCCGGUCCCGAGCGCCAGCGUGGGUAUAUAACCAUUGUAACCAGAAAUGAGUCUGGUAACAGAGUAAAGUGCAACUGAGUCACAUAAACUCGCCAAUAUUUUCGUGUCUACGAGUAGUUGGCUAUUUACUGAGUUAGGUACUAUUACCACAUAAUAUAAUAAUAUAUUUCUAUUGGUAAAAAUAUUGGUAAAUAGAGUUAUUCAUCGUCAUAAAAUAUUUAUUUGCAAGAUUUUUACCUGUUAACGAUGGUAACAGUGGUUACAUGGACGCUUCGCCAGUGGUAAAUAUAAGAUGGAGACCAUACACAAGAACAAUACUCUAGAUGAGGUCUAACUAAAGAACAAUAUAGUAGUUUAAUUCCUUCAAUAUUCUGAAUGUCUCUAGUGCAUCUUUUUAUAAAACCAAGCAUUUGUAAAGAUUUGUAAAUUUUUUACGUAUAAUGUGAUUCAAAUAAAAGUUUACAGUCUAAGUUAAUUCCCAAAUCACGAAUUUUAGUAACCCAGUCAACAGGAAUAUUCUGUAUAUUAUAAUUAUAUUCUAUUGGGUCUCUCGAUCGUCCAAAAGAAAUAGCAUGACACUUGGUUGGAUGCAUUCAGGGCCAUGGCAUUCAACAUACACCACUCACUCAACCGAUCAAGAUCAUGUUGAAGAUUAAUACAAUCUUCUGUAUUGUUGAUAAUUGUGUAGAACUUUAGAUCAUCUGCAAAAAGAAGAGGUGAACUGUGCCGGAAGCAGUGGUGUAUAUCAUUGAUGAAUAUGUUAAAUAACAGGGGCCCCAAAUGCGAACCCUGAGGUACUGAAUGAACCUUAAUCUCACUGGAAUCAAAACCCCUGAUACGCACCAUCUGAACUCGGUCAAUCAAGUAUGUUAUUUUGAGAGAGUGGUCCAUUUUAUGUAUCUGGGAGUUAUUAUAGAGGAGAAAGGUCAGGAAGAAUGGGAGCUGAAUGCCAGAUUAGCAAAGGGAAAUAAAUAGAUGCGAAGUCUAAGACCACUUCUUCUUCUUUGAGUGCCUCUCCUAUCGGAGAUUGGAUAUCAUUAGGGCGAUUCUAAUUUUAUUUACUGCUGUUUUGAACAAUUCGUUAGUGGUACAGCCAAACCACUCUCUCAAAUUUCUCAUCCAGGACAUUCUUCUACGGCCUGGAUUUCUUCGUCCUUGGAUUUUUCCUUGCAUUAUAUUUUGUAGGAAUGUGUACUUUUGUCCCCUCAUCAGGUGGCCUAAGUAUUCAAGUUUUCUCUUUUUUAUAUUCAGUAGAACUUCUGGCUCGUUAUUUAUUCUGCGUAUUACUUCUUCAUUUGUAAUUUUAUCCACCCAACUUAUUCUUAGUAUACGGCGGUAGCACCACAUCUCAAAGCUUUCAAGAUUUUUAAUAUUCCUCUGUUUAAGAGUCCAUGACUCAACACCGUAGAGCAAAGUACUGAAUACAUAGCAUUUUAACAUUCUAGUUCGUAGAUGAAUACUAAUAUCACGAUUACAAAAUAAUUUUUUCAUUUUUAUAAAAGUAGACCUGGCAAUUUCAAUACGUCUUUUUAUCUCGUAAUUUUGGUCACCUGUGUCAUUGAUAAGGGUUCCCAAGUAUUUGUAUUCGUUUACUUUUUUAAGUUGGGUACCGUUUAUUGUGAUACUAGUGUCAUUUAUUGGAUUCUUACUGAAGGUCAUAUAUUUGGUUUUUUUUGACGUUCAUCCUUAUGCCGUAGUUAUUACAUAUCUCAUUCAUACUUUCAACUAGAUGUUGUAGAUCUUCCGCUGUUCUUGCCAUUAUCACAGUAUCGUCAGCAUAUCGAAUGUUAUUGAUAACUUCUCCAUUGACUAUUGUCCCUUCGUUUGCAUAUGAGAGAGCUUCUUGGCAUAUUUGUUCGUUGUAGAUAUUAAACAAGAGCGGUGACAUUAUACAACCCUGUCGUACCCCUCUACGUAUUUCUAUUUCGUCCGAUGUUUGGUCUUCUAUUUUUAUAUUAGCUCGCUGAUUCCAGUACAGAUUUAAUAUUAUUUGUAUGUCUCUGGUGUCAAUGUUCUUACUCACCAGGACUUCUUUGAGUUUACUGUGGCGUACUUUGUCAAAGGCCUUUUCAAAGUCUAUAAAGCAAGGCUUCAGUUCUGUAGGGAUUUCAUCAGGUCCGUUUGCUUUUCCAUUUUUAGCGUUUCUUAUUGCGUAUUCUACUUCUUCUUUCAAUAUGUCUGUCCCAGUUGCAUUGAUUAUCUGAGGUAAGGUGUUUCUAUCGUCUUCAAAUAAUUCAUUCAGGUAUUCUGUCCAUCUUUUUAUUUUAUUCUCUAGAUCUACAAUAAGAUUUCCAUCUUUGUCUUUAAGUUUACCUAUUUGGCAUUUCUUUAUGCUUCCUGUUAUCUCUUUUACUUUUUUGUGCAUAUUGAACACAUCGAACGCGAACGCAUCGUACUAAGACCACUGAUAACAUCCAAAUAUAUAUCGAGAAAAACGAUAAUAAAA